AACGCGGCAGGGACCGACGCGAGCGCUUCCGGAUGGUUCCUUGCGCCCCACUCGUUCCGGGCACCAGGUGGAGCCUUGCAGGACGAGCUCGAGCGCGAGCCUUGAUCCAUUGAGGCCUCGAGGCCCAUUCGCAAUCCAUCCAUCCUCAAGCGUCGAGACUAAUUCCUUUCAAUUCUACUCCUCGCGCUCGUGGACGACGUGGUGCCGGAGUUUGCAGUCUCUGCUUGAGCUUGUGCUUAGCCUCCUGCGCUGCCAAAUCUGGCAGUCAUGACGGGCAUCCUGAGUUCUUCCGUUGCAAUACCCUGUGGGUGCAGUGGUGCUCUAGUGAGGGAACCGAAGGCCGAGCUGUCAUCGAAGAGUGGGGUCUCAUUCAGCAAGCAUUAUGGUUUGAAUUUGCGGUUCGGUUUGUCGGUGCCUUCUUAUCGAGAAGAAGCCAGAUGCUUGGUCCGUUCUAAAUUUUCUGAGCUAAGGUCGGACUCUUGCGUGGGAACACUCGGUAGCAAUGCCAGAAGUUCUGAAUUUUUCUCUAGGCCCAAUUGUUCCGGCUUCGAAGGUCGUCGGCGAAACCAUAAGCUCCAAUUGACAGUGUGCGCUGUAGCUGCAAAUCCAGUUGAAAAGGAAUUGAAUUUUGAGCAGAUGGUUGUCGGAACCACGCGAAAGUAUUAUAUGCUCGGGGGCAAGGGAGGUGUAGGAAAAACUAGUUUAGCUGCUUCCUUGGCUGUAAAGUUUGCUAACAGCGGUCAUCCUACUCUGGUCGUCUCAACGGAUCCUGCUCACUCUCUCAGUGACUCAUUUGCACAGGAUUUAGGUGGGGGCCUUCUCGUGCCUGUUGAAGGGUCUAAUCUACCCCUUUUUGCCAUGGAGAUCAACCCCGAACAGACAAGGGAAGAGUUUCGUGCAUCCACUCAGAAAGAUGGAGGAAGUGGAGUGAAAGACUUCAUGGAUAGCAUGGGUCUUGGUGGCUGGGUGGAACAGUUAAGUGAGCUCAAGCUUGGAGAACUUUUGGACACUCCACCACCUGGGCUGGAUGAGGCUAUUGCAAUAUCGAAGGUUGUACAGUUUAUGCAAGCUCCGGAGUAUGAUAAAUUCACCCGCAUUGUGUUUGACACUGCUCCUACUGGACAUACGCUGCGACUGCUAUCACUUCCAGACUUCUUAGAAGCGUCGAUUGGGAAAAUUCUGAAGCUUAAGCAGAAAAUACAGUCAGCAACAUCAGCUGUGAAAAAUUUGUUUGGUCAGGGUGAUGGAAGAGAUACUGCGACGGACAAGUUGGAACUUCUCAAGGAGAGAAUGAUAGCGGUUAGAGAAAUCUUCAGAGACAAAGAUGCAACCGAAUUCAUAAUUGUCACCAUACCAACGGUGAUGGCCGUGAGUGAGAGUUCGAGGCUACGAGAAUCUUUGAGGAAAGAGUCCGUGCCUGUCAGAAGAUUGGUUGUGAAUCAAAUUCUUCCACCUUCGUCAUCUGACUGCAAGUUUUGUGCGGUUAAGCGCAAGGACCAACAACGAGCCAUGGAUAUUGUGAAGGGUGAUGCCAACUUGACAGAUCUUAAGCUGAUCGAGUCUCCCCUGUUCGACCUCGAGAUAAGGGGAGUUCCAGCUUUAACCUUUAUGGGAAAUAUAGUGUGGAAGUAGACAAUUUCAAUUUGGAUGAAAAUUUCAUCCGUGUAUCAUUGAAUUCCAAAAGAAAAACCCCUUUAUGCAGGGUGUUAAAUUACAAAGGUAUUGCGUCUGUGAUGACGGUGUCUCCAAAGCUUUUUGUAUUUGCAGUAAGAAACAACUAAUUACCCACAGGCACUACAGUGUCGCUUAAAAAAAAAAAAAAUCUCCUUCGCU